CGAAUUUGUGGACGAGAUACAGAGGAGCUGCUGCGCUUAUGCGGAAGAUCAACACUGAACAACAAACUUCGACAUCUACGGCUAGAGCAGGCUUCUGGACUUGUUUACUCGUGUAACUGCUAUACCAUUAUGGAGGAAGAAGAGGGCCCUGUUGAUGGCGAGAUGAGGACCCCCUUUGCUGCAGAGACCUACGCUGCUGAAGCCAUGGCUGCAGACAUGGACCCCUGGAUUGUUUUUGACUCUAGAAGAACUCCCAGAUCCGAGUUUGAUGGCUGGUUGGAGAGUAACAGGCCCUCACAAGUGUCCAGAUUUGGAGACGAGGAGGGUGGCGUCAGCCCUGUGGGGUGGAUUGCUGUGGUGGGCCCAAACCACUGCCCCAGUGGUGCGGAUGUCACAGGACUCCAGGAGAGUUGGGAGAAACUUUUGGCGAGUUCCCGGCCUGUCACCUUCCAGACAGUGAGGGAGCUGGCCCUGAACCAUAGGGUACUCUCAGGCAAGUGGCUUAUGCACUUGGACACUGGUUUCAAGUUGGACCACGCUUGGGAAUGUGUGGCCAGAGCAGCCCUAGAUGGCAAGAUCUCACUCGUUAAAGUCAGCCCAUUUGACCGCAAGGCAGAGGGCAAGCAGGUCAUUUGUGCCUAUAACCAGAACUUCACUGAUGAGAAUGAGGUCAUAAGGCUGGAUUCAGUCAUUCGUGCCACAGGGGUCAAAUGCCCUCUCUCCUACAAGCCAGAUGUGUAUACAUACCUGGGAAUCUAUCGGAACAACCGCUGGAAUGUUUGCCCCACCAUAUACGAGAGCAAGUUCGACCUGGAGUGUGUGCCCAGGCGUUCCCACAUCAUCAACAAAGUUACCAAUCUUGAGGUAACAUAAGCCACUCAGACCAAGAGAGGAGCUUUGCUGUAACAGUAUGUGAAGAGGUGCGUGAUGAUCCCAAGAGAUUGGUUGGACACUACAGUCCUCUGACUGCAACUAUUUAAAACAUCAUUGGUUGAAUUCCGAUCACAAGUUCUUCCUUUUUUUUUUUUUCU